AUGGCAGCGGCCAACUUCGGCAAGAUCCAGAUCGGGAUCUAUGUGGAGAUCAAGCGCAGCGAUGGUCGAAUACAUCAAGCUAUGGUAACAUCUCUCAAUGAAGAUAAUGAAAGCGUUACCGUUGAAUGGAUUGAAAAUGGAGACACUAAAGGCAAAGAGAUUGACUUGGAGAGUAUAUUCUCACUUAACCCAGACCUUGCGCCUGAUGAAGAUAUUGAACCCAGCCCAGAGACUCCACCACCUCCCACUCCUUCAGCCAAAGUAAACAAGAUUGUGAAGAAUCGACGGACUGUGGCUCCUAUUAAGAAUGAAACUCCUGCCAGAGACAACAGAGCGGUUGGUUCUGCACGUGCACGGCCUACUCAACUUCCUGAACAGUCUUCCUCUACACAACAGAAUGGUAGUGUUUCAGAUAUAUCUCCAGUUCAAGCUGCAAAAAAGGAAUUUGGACCCCCUUCACGUAGAAAAUCUAAUUGUGUGAAAGAGGUUGAAAAAUUGCAAGAGAAACGUGAGAAAAGAAGGCUACAGCAGCAGGAACUUAGAGAAAAAAGAGCUCAGGAUGUUGAUGCUACAAACCCAAAUUAUGAAAUUAUGUGUAUGAUAAGAGAUUUCAGGGGAAGUUUGGAUUAUAGACCAUUGACAACAGCUGAUCCUAUUGAUGAACACAGGAUAUGUGUUUGUGUACGAAAACGGCCACUCAAUAAAAAAGAAACGGUAAUGAAAGACCUUGAUGUAAUCACAAUUCCUAGUAAAGAUGUUGUGAUGGUACAUGAACCAAAACAAAAGGUGGAUUUAACAAGGUACCUAGAAAACCAAACUUUUCGCUUUGACUAUGCCUUUGAUGACACUGCUCCUAAUGAAAUGGUUUACAGGUUUACAGCUCGACCAUUAGUGGAGACCAUAUUUGAAAGGGGAAUGGCCACAUGUUUUGCAUAUGGGCAAACAGGCAGUGGAAAAACCCAUACUAUGGGUGGUGACUUUUCAGGAAAGAACCAAGAUUGUUCUAAAGGAAUUUAUGCACUUGCAGCUCGAGAUGUCUUUUUAAUGCUAAAGAAGCCAAACUAUAAGAAGUUAGAACUUCAAGUAUAUGCAACAUUUUUUGAGAUUUACAGUGGGAAGGUUUUUGACUUGUUGAACAGGAAGACCAAAUUAAGGGUGCUGGAGGAUGGUAAACAGCAGGUCCAAGUGGUGGGAUUACAUGAACGGGAGGUUAAAUGUGUUGAAGAUGUACUCAAGCUUAUUGAAAUAGGCAACAGCUGCAGAACAUCUGGUCAGACAUCUGCAAAUGCACAUUCAUCUCGGAGCCAUGCAGUGUUUCAGAUUAUUCUCAGAAGGAAAGGGAAACUGCAUGGUAAAUUUUCUCUGAUUGAUUUGGCUGGAAAUGAAAGAGGAGCAGAUACUUCCAGUGCUGAUAGGCAAACACGACUGGAAGGUGCUGAAAUUAACAAGAGCCUUUUAGCACUCAAGGAGUGCAUUAGAGCCUUAGGCCGAAAUAAACCUCAUACUCCAUUCAGAGCAAGCAAACUUACUCAGGUGCUAAGAGAUUCAUUCAUAGGAGAAAAUUCCCGUACCUGUAUGAUUGCUACUAUCUCUCCAGGGAUGGCAUCCUGUGAAAACACUCUAAAUACACUGAGAUAUGCAAAUAGAGUAAAGGAAUUUGGAAUUAGUCCUUCGGACAUUCCCUUCUCACAGAGUAGUGGCAGUCGCUCUGAUCUCUCUCCUUCCUAUGAGUAUGACGACUUUCCUCCUUCGAUCACCAGAGUGAAGGAACUGACGGUUGAUCCUAGUGCUGCAGGAGAUAUCCGUCCAAUUAUACACCAUGCUCCAAAUCAAAUUGAUGAUUUAGAGACACAGUGGGCUGUAGGGAGCUCACCUCAGAGAGAUGAUCUUAAACUUCUUUGUGAACAAAAUGAGGAAGAAGUUUCUCCACAGUUGUUUACUUUCCAUGAAGCUGUGUCACAAAUGGUAGAAAUGGAAGAGCAAGUAGUAGAAGACCACAGGGCUGUCUUCCAGGAAUCUAUUCGAUGGUUGGAAGAUGAAAAAGCUCUUCUAGAGAUGGCUGAAGAAGUAGAUUAUGAUGUGGAUUCUUAUGCUACACAACUUGAAGCAAUCCUAGAACAAAAAAUUGACAUUCUGACUGAACUCCGAGAUAAAGUGAAAUCUUUCCGGGCAGCUCUACAAGAGGAGGAACAGGCCAGUAAACAGAUCAAUCCGAAGAGACCACGUGCCCUUUGAAAUGGGCCUCUGCUGCUAAUGGAUCCCCCGAACCCUUACUGCUGUAACAUACAGUUGUUAUGAGACGGUGGCUGUAAGAACUCAACUACUUGAAAGCGUAAAAACUUUUGAAGUCUCUGUGGAAAUGUCCAGUUUCUCCUUCACCUGAAUGACAUUUUCAGUUUUGUGUGAAACACUUCAAUGAUG